UCGAUAUUUUCCACGAACGGCGCACAAACCUCGAGCGGAUAGUAAAAGGGCCUGUUGAAAAUCAGGAAAACAUAUAAAUCUAAAAAAUUCUACGCAGUUGAGGAGAUGCAGUGAAGGACGAACGAAAGGAGGACCCAACCGAGCAUCUGCUAGAUAGCCGAGAAUCCUGCCAACGGCCAUGGCCAAGCCCCACUCGGAUGCGGAUGCCUCUGGCCUGGGCUACGCCUACCAGCUGCCGUCCGGCGGCCUCCUGCUACGCCUUAAGUCGUCCCUCUCGCAGUUCAGUGAUUUGUUUAGCGACUUUAGCAGGUACAUCUCACCCGCCUAUCACCACGAUCGCUGCGAGCGGUCCGUCCACAUGCGUCUGUACUCGAUGCACAAACGCGAGUUCGUCAUGGUCUUCCUUGGCUUCUUCACCUGCUUCGGCCUGGGAAUCGUCAUCGGGUUGACAGGACCGCCCAUUACCAGCACAUCCACACUAACCGCCCAGCAGAUCCUGGCGAACACUUCGUUGGCUCAUAGCCCAACGGUCCUAGGAAAAGGACCCUUCGCCAUGAAGUCACCGCUGACCACUACAUAUUCCCAGCAAUUGUGGCUGAUAGCCAAGCUGGUGACGGACAACAACGAUGAUGAACGCUAUGAUAAGAGUUUCCAGGUCAGUGUCUCCAUUGAUGGCAUCAACGAGCAGCACAAACCGCAGAAUGUCCUCGGCUCCGGAGUGGCCCACAACCGGACAAGGCACUUAGUAUGCGUGCGGAACGACUGUGAGGAGUUCACGGUGAUGCAUCUGGGAUUCCUGGACUACGCCCACUAUAUCAUCACAGUGCGCUUCUACGGGUUGGAGUCCUUCCACCAGAAGUAUAAUAUACGUAGCCUUACAUUUUACUUCAAGACUUAUAGUCCGGAAUUUACGCAAAUUGAAAUCUGGUUUAGAUGCAUCUUUCUGCUGUUUACCUUCAUCGUUAUUUGCUGGUACGCACACACCUUGCGUAAAUAUCCGAUCUAUGAUUGGUCCAUUGAACAGCGAUGGUUGUCGGUAUUGUUGCCCCUGCUUCUGCUGUACGAUAAUCCCUUCUUCCCGAUGAUAUUCCUGAUGAACUCGUGGCUGCCAGGAAUGCUGGACGCUAUUCUGCAGGCUACAUUCCUCUGUGCUCUGCUCAUGUUUUGGCUCUGCAUUUACCACGGGCUGCGGCAAAACGAGCGAAGUUUUGUCCGUUUCUACCUGGUCAAGGUGAUCGUCGUUCUACCCAUAUGGCUGUGCGCUAUUGUGCUGGCCACCUGGGAAAAGUGCAACGAGCUUAGAGAUCCCACAUACAGUCACUUUGUGGACACAAAGAACUACAAUGGAUUCAAGAUGUUCUUCUACAUUGCCUGCUGCAUGUAUGUGCUGUAUCUGGUGUUGCUUUUGCUGCGAGCAUAUACCGAGCUCCGUUCCAUGCCCUAUUUUGAUAUGCGCCUAAAGUUUCUCACGCUGCUUAUGUUGUUUGUCUUGUCUAUAUCCAUCACGGUGACCACCUGCCGCUUUGGCUUCGGCAUCCUCGAGGAUAACUUUGUGGCCUCACUUAACACCACCUAUCGCAGUUCGGCACAGUUCAUGUGCUUCUAUGGACUGCUCAACUUUUACCUGUACACCAUGGCGUAUGUGUAUUCGCCGGAUGGGCGCUUUGCCCAGGCAGAAUUGGCCGUAACCAAGGAUAAUCCGGCUAUUUCCAUGAUCGACGACUCCGACGAGGAUGUGGUCUAUGGCUCCGAUGAGGAGUCCCGACGCCCUCUCACCGCUGUAACCGGCGGCGCUGGAAAGAACGACUACGACAGCGAUUGAUCGGGGUAUAAAGAUCAGUGGGAGAUUGGAUUCCAAAAUGUUCCAUAGCGCAAGCGAGGGUUAUAGUGCUAAAUUAGUGUACAAAAUAUUCUCUAAUAUUAUGCAUAAAUUAAACGAAUUUCCCAAAAUAA